AUGCAGGACCCUGAUGGGGGCAUAGAUAGGAGAGCAGGGGCUGAAGAAGGCGAGGAUGGGCAGCAGAGUCCUCAAGCACCCGAAGCCCAGGCUAGCUCUCAAAGUUCGGCGACCGAAGGUGACCAUGGCAGCUCCCCUCAGAGUGGCCCACAAGAUUCCAGUAGCCCAGCUGCUCCUGGUAGCCAGGCUGCUCCAGGCAGCCCCAGCCCAGGGAGUCCUGUAGGGUCCGGUGCAGCCGCUGAAGAGGCGGCUGUCGUUCCCCACAGCGAGCAGCCACCACUUGUCCCUGGACCCAGCGGAGAUACUGCAUCAACAACUGGAAAUCGACUCCUGGAGUUCUCUGUAACAGUGCCUUUCAGGUCUGCAGUGGAGGCAGACAUGGCCCGCAGAUCCCUGGUCUCCAAUUCCCGUCGCCAGCAAGUGAUGGUUCAGCAGGAGCUCACAGUGAAUGACAGUAUCUUGUCUGUUAGGUGGACUACUGAAGACCCUGUCCUCUUCAGAAUUUCCAUCAACACUUUCCUUGACCAGCUCUCCCUGGUGAUGAGAAACAUUCAGCGCCUGGAGUUUGUUGCUGUUGUCAAACGAGGACGAAGAAGAAGCCGUGAAUCCUAA